AUGUCAAUUCACACACAUGCUGCACUGCCAGCUUUUCACUGCUGCCACAAGCACCAGAGGGGAACCAGGAACCAGCACAGACCUUGGAAUUCUGGCAGCCUGGAGGGACCCAGUGAGGAUUUUGUGUUCAACCAUCAGCAAAGAGCAGCAAACAGCCAGAGCUCCCAAAAUCCAGAUCUGCUGCUCUCCCAAAACAGCCAGACCUCCCAAAAUCCAGAUCUGCUGCUCUCCCAAACACAGCCAGAGCUCCCAAACCCAGAUCUGCUGCUCUCCCAAAACAGCCAGAGCUCCCCAAACCCAGAUCUGCUGCUCUCCCAAAACAGCCAGAGCUCCCAAAACCCAGAUCUGCUGCUCCUCCAGGAACAGCCAGAGCUCCCAAACCCAGAUCUGCUGCUCCUCCAGAAACAGCCAGAGCUCCCAAACUCCAGAUCUGCUGCUCUCCCAAAACAGCCAGACCUCCUAAACCCAGAUCUGCUGCUCUCCCAAAACAGCCAGACCUCCCAAACCCAGAUCUGCUGCUCCUUCAGGAACAGCCAGACCUCCCAAAAUCCAGAUCUGCUGCUCUCCCAAAACAGCCAGAGCUCCCAAACCCAGAUCUGCUGCUCCUCCAGGAACAGCCAGAGCUCCCAAACCCAGAUCUGCUGCUCCUCCAGACACAGCCAGAGCUCCCAAACCCAGAUCUGCUGCUCCUCCAGGAACAGCCAGAGCUCCCAAACCCAGAUCUGCUGCUCCUCCAGACACAGCCAGAGCUCCCAAACCCAGAUCUGCUGCUCCUCCAGGAACAGCCAGACCUCCCAAACCCAGAUCUGCUGCUCCUCCAGAAACAGCCAGACCUCCCCAAGCCCCACCUCUGCUGCUCUUCCAGCACAUUCUCCCAAAGGCAGACUGAGCUCCCUCUGCUCUGGAAUUCAGGGAUGAUUUUCUGUCAACCAAAGCUCUGGGAAGCUUUUAGGCUGCUGAGGUCCCAGGAACUGUUUUUGGAGUGGAGUGGCCAGUUCUCCUCCUGGCAGCAUCCAUGGCAGAAUUCCAGGCUGGGGGAAAUCUGGAUGUUUAUAACAGGGAAUGGUGGGGCUGAGGUGAGGAGGGGAGAGCCCAUCCUUGAGUUAAUACUGACAAUAAUCCCACACAACAGGACAGGUCUUGGUGCAUCCCAAAAUAAAAAAAAACAAA